GGACUUUUUCCCUGCUGCUGCUCCUGCUGACACCCUGCGUCUAAAUCCUCAGCUUGUGGGACGGGCCGCGCUCCAUCUGGACGCCUAGUUUGUCUGCCUCUCUCUCUCUCUGUGUGUGUCUCCGGAUGCCUAAAAGGCGUCGCCAGCACAGUCAGUCCCCCACACCCCCUUCGAGGCUCUCUCUUGGGAUCUGGGAUCGCCACGGUGCCAGACCGAACUUUCGAGGGCGGACCCUUUUUGACUCAUCGAGAUUGCGGAAGGGAAAGCUUCGACGUGGCCGGGGCAGGGGAGGCUGCGAUUCUUGUUAUAGACAUGAUCGUUCGUCCCCCCCUCCUCUAUGGGGCGGCAGGGAAGAUCUAGGACUGGGUUUAGCAACACCUCCCAGCCUACCGUGGCCAGGUGAGGCUCCAGGGACAUGGGUUCGUGGGGUUGAGCGUGGACUGUUCCAUUGGGUGCCUUGUUAUCCCAAGUAGUUAUCUAUAGCCCUCAGAGUGUCCCUCCGUGCUUUCCCUUCCAUCCCCUCCUCAGGGCUUCCCAAGUACGCCUUGCUGAGGCGCCCCGUCACACCUCCAUCUCUGCCCCGGCUACUUCUAUGAUGCUUUCUCCUCCCGAGCAGUCUCCUCUCCCAUAGCCCUAUCUCCACGCUCCUAUAUCCAUGACAAUCAUCUCCGUCUGUGGCAAAAAAAGAAAUACUCAGCUGCCGGCCAAAACUCUAAUGCCUCGCGCCGCCCGAGCUGACGGCCUCCCCCAGGCUGGACCACAGCUCCCCAGGACCGGGGACAACGCCAUCCCGGCGUGAAGGCCGGUGAUAACCACCGAACAAGGGAAAAGAUGACCAAGGAAUGGCUGAGGUACCGGUCGACGAUCCUCGGCCUGUACAAGGAUCAAAGCAAGACCCUCGACGAGGUGAGGCGGAUCAUGAAGGAGGAGUAUGGCUUCGAAGCAUCGGUCCGGGCAUAUAGGUCCCGCUUUGAUAAAUGGAGAAUCCACAAGUAUAACUGCGCGCGCCGAAGGGCCGUGACAGUGACGGCGGCGGGAAGCUUCCACCAGCAGGAAGGCUAUCUGUGUCGAGGCCGGGACGUCCAUGUCCCGGCGUCGCACGCUGAGUGCCAGUUCCUGCCCAUAAGGCAUUACUCCGCUCCAGACGUGCUGGCGACCGAAAGCGAGUUCCGCCCGUACACGCCACAGGAGCCCUACACCACCACCAGGCCAGGGAUAAAGCCAGAACCGCCGGUGGACCACGAGAACAGCCCGAGGAUCCAGCCCGUAGGCGGGGAGCAUCAACCCGGACAGGCUUACCGCUCCUGGUUCGAGUCGUCGCACAGCGCGGGAAUCGGGGACGCCACCCACCAAGCCCCGAAGGCGGAGGGGGGCGUUUCCGCCAGCAGCUGCAGCAGCAACAACAGCAGCAGUCCGCCCAGCACCACCAACACCACCACACGGAUGUUCUUCAGCAAUAGCGGUGGCAUACCCCAGGCCCGAGGAGCAGCAGACAACAACAACAACAGCAGCCCCAGCCCCUACAAUGCCACGGACCAGCUGCACUGGAUCAUGCACGCCGUCCAGGUCCCGCUCCAGCAGGACGCCCUCGAGACCCUGCGGCAAUAUCUCCUGUGCAGUCCAGUCGUGACCCGUGGCCUUUCCAGCGGGGAGUCACCAUUUUCCAGGCUGGCCAUCAUGGUCUGGCAGCAGCUGGCCUCGGACGGCACGCUGGGGCCCGAGCCGGUGUGGAAGCUGGCCGCCGAGUGCCUGCGGCAGUUCCUCCUCCUAGGCGAGGACCCGGAUGUCCUGGUCGGCGACAGGCCCCUCCUGAUCCGGAUCCUCGAGCAGCCAGUGCGGACCAGGGCCUUUGACCUGCUCUGGCCGUUCGUGUGGACCCUCGCCCAGCAGGCCAGCCCGGCCAACCACCACCACCACCACGGCCUCAACGCCCUCCACACACUGCUGCUCUCGAUGGGGGCAAGCGAGAUCGGUGUCGGUGGCAUGGCCGUCAUCGUCCCCACCGACAUCGCCGCCGCCCGCACCCGCCUCGUCAAGCUCCUCGUCACCCGCGUCGCGGAGGCGGGGCGCCUCGCCGACCGCAACGCCCAGGGGUACACGGCGCUCCAGCAGUACGUCUACCACACCGCGCGGCACGACUACCCGGAGCACGUCCUGGCCAUCUGCGCCGAGCUCGUCCGGCAUGAGGCCAGCAGCAGCAGCAGCGCCGUGGUCUCGCCGACGUUCGUGGCCGACCUGCGCGCCGGCAAGCUGGCCGCGGGCCUACACGACCAGGCCUCCGCCGCGGGGCUGCUGCCCUUCGUCUGGACCUCGGCAUGCCAGCUCAGCGUCGCGGGUGACGCCACCGCCGCCGAGGAGCACCUGAAUGUUGUCCUCUGCUGCAUCGGGCGCCGGGCUGAGGCCGAGCAGCUCAGGGUGAUGCUGCCCCGGCCAGUGGUGCCAGCACCAAUGGCUCUUCCUAGUCCUGUCUCGCCGUUGGCUGUUUCGCCUAGGGUUGAGGUGAAGUAUGCGUGGUGAUGGGCGUCGGGAUUGGGAGUGUAUAAGAUAUUACAAGGCGAAAUGGGAGGUCGAUCCGGGAAGUCCAUUCGCUUGUAAGCUGUCGUUCUGUCUGGGGGGUUGUUUUCAUUCCUUUCUUUCCUGUCAACGCUGUUCCCUUUCCACGAAGCUGCUCCAGUCAGCAAGCCCAUAAGCCCAGGUUCACAGUACUGGGAUAGACGUAUCCCUAAGAACAAGACAUGAGGUCGGCAAAGAUUCUUCAAAAAAGCAUACAUGACAGACGAACCGUUUAUGGGUUGUUAGCAGAUCAUUUGUAACACGCAUUGACUUUGGUUCCCCUCGGUGUCAAAAUCAUUAUUUCGUUAUCUCCUCUAGCUGAGGUUCACCUCAUGUGCACGCUUGGGGCAUGGCGUUCGCGCAUUCAUGUGCCACUUCUUGUUCGAUGAACGGACAGCUGUCUGCUGAUAAACUACGCCGUAGCCUGUAUCGUGGUGGUCAUACAACAAACCAGCAUCCUCAUUCGCGACUGACAACGGCAGAAGGUAUGAGGUCCAGGUAUGGCUGAAAUGAGAAGUUUCUGGACUGGUCUUGCGGUGACAGUAGGAGGAGGGGUCCUACACCUUGUAAAAGCAGAAUCCUACGUAGAACGAUGCGGCCUCCAUCUCCUCCGGAGAGACCAAAAGCUCGCCCCCAUGUCUCUGUCGUACACCCAUCCGCUCGCUUAGGGCACCCAGCGUAGGGUCAUCCUUCUCUGUCUUCCAAAUGUCGGAAAAAGUCUUGUGGUACUGCAGCUCGAGAUUGUAGUCCUCCGCUAGAGCUCGGAAGGCCUCCCAAGGGACAACGUACUCAGGCACCUCCUCGACGGCCUCGUGCAGGAAGAAGUUGUACUUCCAGCCGAAUGGAGGUCGAAAAAUGCCGUCUUCGGGGGUCUUACCCGGGAACCUAACCCGGUAGAUGUCGUUGCCCCACUCAGCAGUCGGCUCGGCCUCGCCCUCCUCCUUCUCCUCGCCCUCCUCAAGCUCGCCCUCAUCCUCGGCCUUGGGCUCUUCGCCAUUCUUCUCGGCCUGUUCAGCCUUGGCCUUCUGCUUCUCGUUGAAUUCCUUCACCUUCUCGCCGAUGACGUCAGAAUUGGGAAUGGUGCCGAUCAAGCGUCCGCCUUUCUUCAAUGAGCCAGCCACGUUCUUCAGCAUCUGGCGGGCUUUUGCCUCGCUCUCAAACGCGUAGUGCAUGCAGAACAUCAUGGAGACGACGUCGAACCCGCGCUCGCUGCUGAUGUUGGACUGCGUGAAUCCCACUUGUCGUACGAUGUCGAUGUCUUCGAUAGAUUCGGCGAAACAGUCCUUGACGUGGAACCUUGCCUGGAACAAGCGAGGCUGUGGACGCCGGUAGUUACCCCCGCGGCCACCUCUUCCGCCGUGCCGGUCCCUCUGCGACAUGCCUCUGUAUCGUUCCUGCGCCUGUUCGAUUGAGAUGUCGGCCGGGUCGAGCCCCACAUAUAACUCCACAGUCUGCGGCGCCUGCUGCCACUUGCCCAAGUCGCCUCCCUUGCCGCAGCCGAUGUCCAAGAUCAGUAGCUCUCUGCCACUUGACAUGCCCCUCUCGAAUGCGCCUGGUGUGUGAUCCUCAUCCGGGGCGAACUUUUGAAUGAUGCAGCUCUUGAUCCAGUUGUUGAAGGAGCGGAGUCCCUUGAUUCGGCUGUCGGUCUUACGCCAGUCGCGACCACGCUCGGGAACUGCAUUAUAGUGAGCGCGGACCACGUCGUUGAUGGCGGCGCGCUGUGUCUCGGCCUGUGUUGCCGCGGCCUGCUGCUCGCGCUCGCGCUCAAGGGCACGCUGGCGGAGUUCCUCGCGCUGGGCUUCGUUGAUGCGCGACCGCUGGCCAGGUCUCUUGAGUUUGCGGGGCUGUUCAGAACCUGAGGGGGACGUGCUUCGCUGUCGCUUUUUGGCAGGCGCAAGGGCCCUGGCGUCGUACGGUUGGGGAAGAUCGUCUCCUGCCAUGGCGACAAGUGUGCGAUUGAUAUGGAUUCGAGUUACCACAGUCGUCGGAGUCGUUUAAAGUGUCAGAUUCGUGGAGAUGGUAGUAGAGAUGAUAGAGUUUGUAAGGUCGAAGUUGUCGCGUGGGAAGUCGCAACGGCGGGCUGCUCCCAAUAAAUAACUUAGGUAACCUCGAGAAGCGGCCGUGCAAGUCCAAGACGGUCUGGGACGGAAGGGACACUGGUGGUCUCGAUUUGAGCCGACAGCUCCUGCCUAGACUUCUAGCUGAUUUAGCUCGACGUCUACUGCCCAGAGGCCCAGAGGUCGUAAAAAAUGGUGUCUUCUCACGGGGUAUUUCUUGUGCCGGGGUUUCUGACUCUGAUUCGGAAACAAUGAAGAGCCUGUGACGGAACAGUAGAAGAGUGAAGAAAGGGGCAGUCAG